AUGGAAGAGGGCAAGACUGAAGAUGUCCAGGGUAUUCUGCGACUUAACGUGCGAGGAUAUUUAUACACAGCCAGGCGUGAGUCUUUGUGCCGCUUUAAGGAUUCAAUGCUAGCUUCUAUGUUUAGCGGACGCUUUCCUGUAAAAGUGGAUGAAUCAGGAGCAUGUCUAAUUGAUCGAGAUGGAAGCCUGUUUAAGUAUCUUUUGGAUUAUCUUCACGGAGAAGUUCGGAUUCCUGAAGAUGAACAAAUUCGAAUUGCACUGCAAGAGGAAGCAGAUUAUUUUGGCAUCCCUUAUCCAUACAGUCUGUCUGACCAUUUGGCUAAUGAAAUGGAGACGUAUUCUUUAAGGUCAAAUAUAGAGCUUAAAAAGGCUUUGUUAGAUUUUUGCGAUUCUUACGAUUUGGUUUGUACCAAGCCAACAGUUUGGGUCUUGCACUACCUCAGCACUUCUGGAGCAAGCUGUGAAAGUAAAAUUAUUGGCGUAUACACCACAAGAGCUGAUGGGACUGAUGCAAUUAAUAAGGAGCUAGGAACGAAAAUUAAUAGUAAAAGCAUUUACAGAAGAGAAGCUGGAAAUAACAUCCAAUACAUCUGGAGCUAUUACUCAGUAGCUGAGUUGAAAAGGAUGAUGGAUGCUUUCGAUGCCUGGGAAGGGAGAGGUGUCAGCUACUGGAGAGUGCCUCAGGAGCUGAUUGAAUGUUGGACCCUUGAGGAGCGCCCUUUGAAAGGCAGUUUGCAUCAUACGCCUCCAGUUCAUAAAAGACGAUUAAUCGACUUUACUGAAGAGGAAGACUAUUUACCAUGUAAGGCAGGUCCCACGCCAAUUAGAUUCUCGGGUCCCUCAACAAGUACCCGUAUCAAAGUGAAGAAUUCAGCUGCAUUAAAGAUAGCUGCUUGCAGUGCUUCACGUUCUGCAGUGACUCUUAAACGACCCAACAGUGAAAGCUUGACACUGCACAAAGUAGCAUCUGAAACUGCAUCCACCUCUGUGCCGGUGCCCAGCAAUUCCCAGGUGCCCCGUGGAAGGCAGGGUGCUGACAACUGGACACCGUGUCAAAUGACAUUCAAGAUGGCAGCGUCUAGGAAGCCCGUAAGCAACCGUGUAGUGAAGCUGAAGAGGACUCCGCUUUUCCUUGCGACGCCAUCUCAGCCAUCGUCUUCUGUGUCCAGUAAAACAAGUGAACGGGACAGUGCUGCUGUUGAGAUUCCUACUACUUCUAUGGUGCUAAACAAGAAAGAACCAGCUGCGUUAGCAGAGAGUAUUAAGCUUAAGAAAGAUCAAGUGGAUGGAUAA